AUGGCGACAUUGCUACCACCGCCAAAGAGGCAGAAGGUGUAUCAUGGUAUACCUGAACCCGAGCCCGAGCCGCUCAAGCCAUCUCUGAAUGUCGUGGUGCAAUUCGUCUCCGAGGAUGAUGGCCAACCUCUUGCGCCCGCAGUAAACCUGCCUGCAAAUAUUUCGCGAGAAGGAUUAGAGGUGUUAGUCAACAAGUUAAACACCAAGGAUGAGGACCCAGUGCCAUUCUCGUUCCACAUCGCAUUAUCACCUCAGGAAGGCACACAAGGUGCCCCAACUAGAAUCGCAAUUUCCAAAUCGAUAGAGGAGGACGUGCUCUCGCAUCCUUCGCACGCGUUCACACCCGAAGAUGUGUUCGUCGUUCGUUGCUCUCCUCAGGCCGUGUUCAAAGUCAGGCCCGCUACAAGAUGUUCGUCGACUCUAUCCGGACAUACAUCUCCGAUUCUCUGCGCUUCCUUCUCGCCCACGGGUAACCUCCUUGCGACAGGUUCUGGUGACUGCAACGCUCGUCUAUGGGACUUAUUCACCGAAACUCCCUCGCAUGUUCUCUCUGGACACAAAGGGUGGGUACUAUGCGUCGAGUGGGAAGCUAUGGAGAGAAAAUUGGCUACUGGAGGCCAUGAUGGACAUGUACGUCUCUGGGAUCCGAAGACCGGUAAGCCUGUGGGUGAUGCUCUCAAGGGCCAUUCGAAGUGGGUGACCUCCUUAUCAUGGGAGCCGAUACACAUAAACUCUUCAGCACCACGUCUUGCUUCGUCCUCCAAAGACGGCACUGUUCGAGUCUGGUCUACUCUGACUCGCCGAUGCGAGUAUACCCUCGGAGGACAUACUGCCAGUGUGAAUGUCGUGCGAUGGGGCGGGGGAGGCUUGGACGGAAAUGGCGUAUUGUAUACCGCGUCUAGUGAUCGGACAAUUCGUGUUUGGGAUGCAAAUGGGGGAAGACCGCUACAUACACUUAAAGAUCAUGCUCACUGGGUGACGACCCUUGCUCUUAAUACGGACUUUGUGCUUCGCACGGGCCCGUACGAUCACACUGGCAAGAAACCGGCCUCGGACAGUGAAGCGCAAAAAGUUGCACUUGCCCGCUACAGUCAUAUCGUCUCUUCAAAUGGCGAAACACUCAUUUCGGGCUCUGAUGAUCACACGCUAUUCUUCUGGUCGUUGUUCCCAUCUCGAUCUACAACGGCUGCAGCGUCCGAAGCUGCAGCGGAGCGUGGAGGCAAGCUCAAGCCUCUAGCUCGACUGACCGGGCAUCAACGCCAGGUCUCACAUGUGGCCUUUAGUCCUGAUGCCCGCUGGGCUGCUAGCGCUGCUUGGGACAACAGUGUGCGCUUAUGGGAUGGCCGCACGGGCAAAUUCGUGGCAACCCUUCGCGGACAUAUUGGUGCUGUAUAUCGGUUGACGUGGAGUGCGGAUUCGCGACUGUUGGUUAGUGCGAGUAAGGACAGUACUGUCAAGAUUUGGGACCUGAAAACCUACAAACUGAAAACUGAUCUCCCUGGUCAUACCGAUGAAGUAUACUGUGUGGAUUUUGUUGCGGAUAAAAUUGUUAGCGGUGGUCGAGAUAGAACAGUUAAAAUCUGGAAGAAUUAA